AUGGAGGGGGGAAGGAGGGAAAUCGAAGGCAGGAGACACUUUUUGAAGAGGAAUAUGGUUGCUGAGAUUACGAACCAGGACCAGUUUACGGAGCUGACUACGCAGAAUGUGCAGGACAAGCUGAUUGCUAUAUAUUUCCACACCUCGUGGGCGGAGCCCUGCAAGGCCAUCAGCGAGUUGUACCGGGCUAUAAGCGAAGACGAGUCGAACAAGGACGUGUCGUUCUUGGCGGUGGAUGCGGACGAGCAGGCUGAGAUAGCUGAGCUGUUUGAGAUAAGCGCGGUGCCAUACUUCGUGCUGAUCAGGAACGGGACCAUCCUGAAGGAGCUCUCCGGUGCCAACCCCAAGGAGUUCCUUGCUGCGCUGGAGGAGUGCAGGAGAGCGGGCACAGAGUCGAAGUCGAAGGAAAGCAACGGCGCGGUAGAGGACGACGAAGACAGCGAGGACAGCGAGGAAGAGACCGAGGAAGAGAUGAAUAUGAGGCUGACAAAGCUGGUGAACGCAGCACCCGUGAUGCUGUUCAUGAAGGGUAACCCAUCCGAGCCUAAGUGCGGGUUCUCCAGACAAAUCGUGGGAAUUCUAAGGGAACACCAGAUCAGAUUCGGGUUCUUCGACAUAUUAAGAGACGACACCGUCAGAACCAACUUGAAGAAGUUCUCAGACUGGCCUACGUUCCCUCAAUUAUAUAUCAACGGUGAGUUCCAAGGUGGCCUAGAUAUCAUAAAGGAAUCCCUAGAGGAAGACCCUGACUUCUUCCAACACACCAUACGAGUAAAUAACUAG